AUGAGGUUCCUCGCAGUGUUUUUACUUGCCGUUGCUAUUGCGGGCAGCUCGCUUGCAGACAACACAACGGAUGCCCCUGCGACCGUCUCUUCUAUUGGCGAGACAACAGAGAGCCCAACUGUUCCCACAGAUAGUGCGGCGACCACAACUAUUUCUACAGGUAGUGAGACCACUGAUAGUACAAAUGUACCUUCUAGUGGCGAGACUACACAGGUCACAACAGCCGCUCCUAGCAUUAGAACUACAGAGGGCACAACUGUGUCAUCCGGUGGCGACACAACUGAGGUCUCAACUUCAGGUGGUGAGACCACUGAAGGUACCAGCUCAGGUAGUGAGCCAACAGCAUCUCCCGGCAGCGGAACAACACAGAGCUCAGCUGCGCCUCCAGGUGGUGAGAUAACUGAUAGUACAACUGUCUCUCCUAGUAGCGAAACAACAGAGAGCGCAACGACCUCUACUGAUACUGAGACAACUGAUAGUACUACUGACUCUCCUGGAAGUGAGACAACUGAUAGUACAACUGGCUCUCCUAGCAGCGAAACAACAGAGAGUUCAACUGCGCCUCCGGGUGGUGAGAUAACUGAUAGUACAACUGUCUCUCUUAGUAGCGAAACAACAGAGAGCGCAACGACCUCUACUGAUACUGAGACAACUGAUAGUACUACUGACUCUCCUGGAAGUGAGACAACUGAUAGUACAACUGGCUCUCCUAGCAGCGAAACAACAGAGAGCUCUACUGCGCCUCCGGGUGGUGAGAUAACUGAUAGUACAACUGUCUCUCCUAGUAGCGAAACAACAGAGAGCGCAACGACCUCUCCUGGUACUGAAGCAACUGAUAGUACAACUGCCCCUCCUGGAAGUGAGAUAACUGAUAGUACAACUGUCUCUCUUAGUAGCGAAACAACAGAGAGCGCAAUGACUUCUACUGAUACUGAGACAACUGAUAGUACUACUGACUCAGCUGGAAGUGAGACAACUGAUAGUUCAACUGACUCUCCUAGCAACGGAACAACAGAGAGUUCAACUGCGCCUCCGGGUGGUGAGAUAACUGAUAGUACAACUGUCUCUCUUAGUAGCGAAACAACAGAGAGCGCAAUGACUUCUACUGAUACUGAGACAACUGAUAGUACAACUGACUCUCCUAGCAGCGGAACAACAGAGAGUUCAACUGCGCUUCCGGGUGGUGAGAUUACUGAUAGUACAACUGUCUCUCCUAGUAGCGAAACAACAGAGAGCGCAACGACCUCUCCUGAUACUGAGACAACUGAUAGUACUACUGACUCAGCUGGAAGUGAGACAACUGAUAGUACAACUGACUCUCCUAGCAGCGGAACAACAGAGAGUUCAACUGCGCCUCCGGGUGGUGAGAUUACUGAUAGUACAACUGUCUCUCCUAGUAGCGAAACAACAGAGAGCGCAACGACCUCUCCUGAUACUGAGACAACUGAUAGUACAACUGACUCUCCUAGCAGCGGAACAACAGAGAGUUCAACUGCCCCUCCGGGUGGUGAGAUAACUGAUAGUACAACUGUCUCUCCUAGUAGCGAAACAACAGAGAGCGCAACGACCUCUCCUGAUACUGAGACAACUGAUAGUACAACUGACUCUCCUAGCAGCGGAACAACAGAGAGUUCAACUGCCCCUCCGGGUGGUGAGAUUACUGAUAGUACAACUGUCUCUCCUAGUAGCGAAACAACAGAGAGCGCAACGACCUCUCCUGAUACUGAGACAACUGAUAGUACAACUGACUCUCCUAGCAGCGGAACAACAGAGAGUUCAACUGCCCCUCCGGGUGGUGAGAUUACUGAUAGUACAACUGUCUCUCCUAGUAGCGAAACAACAGAGAGCGCAACGACCUCUCCUGAUACUGAGACAACUGAUAGUACAACUGACUCUCCUAGCAGCGGAACAACAGAGAGUUCAACUGCCCCUCCGGGUGGUGAGAUUACUGAUAGUACAACUGUCUCUCCUAGUAGCGAAACAACAGAGAGCGCAACGACCUCUCCUGAUACUGAGACAACUGAUAGUACUACAGACUCCCCUGAAAAUGAGACAACUGAUAGUACAACUGCCUCUCCAGGUAGUGAGACGACUGAAAGCAUAACCACAUCUCCUAGCAGCGAAACAACAGAGAGCGCAACGACCUCUCCUGGUAGUGAGACAACUUCUAGUACAACCGCCUCGCAUAGUAGCGAAACGACAGAGAGCACAACCACAUCUCCUGGCAGCGAAACAACAGAUAGACCAACGGCUUCUCCCAGCAGCGGAACAACAGAGAACACAACAAUUUCACCUGCUGAAGAUACAACAGUUAGUGCCAAUGGGGAGUCAACGCCCAGUGCCAACUCGACAGGGAGUCCUUCUACGGUCAAGCCUACAGCAAAACCCCUACUAUGUUAUACCUGCGAUGGAGACGACUGUAAUGAAAAGUCAAUAAUCAACUGUCCAGACGAUGGACAAACAUACACUAUUGAGGAAGUACUGAAAGCUAUGCAGGCGAGCGCCUCGGGUCUGCUGAUUCGUAAUUACCGAUCUACUUCGCGAAUCGAGCAGGCUGAGGUGAAGGAUUAUGCCUGCUAUAGCGCGCAGAUUACAGAUAAUGAUGAAGAGAAACUUCAACUUGGCUGCAUAGCUAUACUUGAGGGACAAAGCGCAUGCGAUUCGGUGCGGCAAGAUCUGGACAUUGACGCGAACGAUACCGAUUUUUGGUGUUUAGCAUGUCAGAGAGAUUUGUAUGCUGCAAAGCCGAAAGUACUGAAGAAUACCCUCGGCUCGUUGCAACUGAGCCCAUCCCGCAUUGACAAAAGUAAUGCUACAACUGAAAGAGAACAACCCAAAUACCAGCUCAUCAAGUAG